CUGGUUUUUAUUUAUUGGCGAACGGUCACACUGCCCUGGACCGAACCGAUGAUGUGGAUUUAAAAGUUAAAUAGUUUAAAAUUAAUAAUAAAUUAAGUAAUAUGGACAUCACCCAGACCUUCAAGGCCAGUGUAAUGACGGUCCGACUGCAGCGGAAGACAGCCGGCAAGCCGCCCGCCCCGGCACCAGCCGCACCCACCAAAGCGCCAUCGCAACCGAAGGAUGACUUCGCCAAGAACGCCAAGGAGGUCUGCAACAAGAUCACCUCCCUGCGGAAUGUGCUGAUCGAGAACCGAACCGCCUACAUGAAGAUCGGGCAGCACCUGAAGAGCGCCACCCACAUGACCGACGCCCAGCGGGACCUUAUCGACCGCGAGUCGGAGAAAUUCGUUACCUUCUACACGCAGCACCUGGCCAAGAUGCGCAGCGACUGGAAGGCAGCAAAGCGGAGGCCGCAGGAGCGGCAGCACAUCGACGCCGUGCUGGACCUGCUGGUCAGCUAUCUGCACAGCGUGGAAAAAAUCUACUUGGACCAGAAGAAGUAUCGGGUGCAGCACGAAUUGGAGACCUACAGACUGCUCAAGCUGGCGGCGGACAAGAAGAAGAUACCAGUGCGACCGGCGGGCAGCAACAGUGGCAAGCUCGGCAGGCGCCAGCAGAGUAGUAAUAACGAAGACAAAGACAAUGAGGAGCCCUCGACCAACGGCCAAGCAGAGGACUCCGCUGACAAUGACUGGAACAACGACGGCUGGGACGAAUGGGAUGAUGAUGAGGAGGAUGCAGAGCCGGAUGACCACGAUGGUCAGGGAAAAGAGGUGGACCGGACACCCGAAAUUAGCCAGCACAAACCUAGACAGCGUAAGCGCAGCAGGCCCAAUAGAGCAGCCAUGAGCUCCGAUUCAUCCGCCAAAGUGGCUUUGGAUGAGGAACUACAAAAGUCGCAGCAAGAGGCCGACGACGAGGAUCCCCUCAGUGCCGAGGAUAUGCAGCUGUUCGAGGCAGAGAACGUGCACAUUUACAACUUCCUGCAGGGCGUAUCCGAGGAGGUGGAGCAGAUAGAAAAGAACGUUGUGGACAUUGCCCAGCUGCAGGACAUCUUCACCGAGAAGGUCGCUAUGCAGCAGCACAACAUUGAGCGGAUUGUCAGUGCCGUCGUCGGCACCACCGAGAACGUUAAGGAUGCCAAUGAGCAGAUCCGUCAGGCCACUCAACGGAAUGCAGGUCUCCGUGUGUGGUCCCUAUUCUUCCUGCUGGUCAUGUCGUUCUCCCUGCUCUUCCUGGACUGGUACUACGAUUAGGGUGGACCACCGAUAUAUAUAUAAAAUAAAUGUUUUUAGAGCUACUAAGGAACCAAGGGGGCGAACAUCUUUGUUAUUAUCGUGGGAUCGCAGCACUAUUAAGAGCAUAAAUUUUUUAUUACAUAUAGUUUAUAAAUAAAGAGAAGGAAA